AAUUGUUCUCUCUCUCGUAGCUCAGCGCUCUUUGCAAACACUUGGACAACGUAUGGGAAGAGAAUCGGGGCUGCGUGGUCUUAUUUGCCUGGAUGCAGUUUCUGAAGGAAGAAACUCUGAGUUACCUGAACAUCUCCUCCCCGUACGAACUAAAACUGUGCCACCAAGGGAGCGGGCAGAGCAGGACCCCUCUGGUCCCUCCCGAUGCCGAGGACGGCGGUGGCGCCGCAGGCUCUGCCGCAGCCGAGGAGGAAACCGUGGACGGGAGAGCAGUGCAGGACGUGGAGUCGCUGCCCAGCCUGAUCAGGGAAAUCCUGGACUUCGAUCAGGCUCAGCGCAGGAAGUGCUUCAACAGCAAGAUGUACUUGUGCAACAUCUGCUUCUGCGAGAAGCUGGGCAGCGAGUGCAUGCACUUCAAUGAAUGCAGCCACGUGUACUGCAGGGCGUGCCUGAAGGACUACUUUGAAAUACAGAUCAGGGACGGCCAGGUCCACUGCCUCAACUGCCCCGAGCCCAAAUGUGCUUCUGUGGCUACUCCUGGCCAGGUCAAGGAGUUGGUUGGGGAGGAGCUGUUUGCACGUUAUGACCGCCUGCUGCUGCAGUCCAGCUUGGACCUGAUGGCGGACGUGGUGUACUGCCCUCGGCCGGGCUGCCAGACCCCGGUCAUGCAGGAGCCAGGCUGCACCAUGGGCAUGUGCUCCUGCUGUAACUAUGCUUUCUGUACUCUCUGCAAGAUGACCUACCACGGGGUGUCUCCCUGCAAAGUCACUGCAGAGAAAUUAAUGGCUUUGCGAAAUGAAUAUUUGGAAGCCGAUGAGGCAACUAAAAAAUUCCUGGAGCAACGCUACGGCAAACGUGUGAUCCAGAAAGCCCUGGAGGAGAUGGAGAGUAAGGAGUGGCUGGAGAAGAACUCCAAGUCCUGUCCGUGCUGCGGGACCCACAUAGAGAAGCUGGACGGCUGUAACAAAAUGACGUGCACUGGCUGCAUGCAGUAUUUCUGCUGGCUUUGUAUGGGCUCUCUGUCGAGGGUGAACCCCUACAGACACUUCAAUGACCCCUCUUCGCCCUGCUUUAACAGGUUGUUUCAAGCCAUGCACAUCGACGGUGAGUUCUGGGAAGCUGAAGAUGAAGACCAGUAG